UCAGAUCGGAUUCGGUCUUGUCCCGUGAAAAAAAACCCGAGCCGAAAUGUCGCCCCAAGCCAAGCGAAUGCCGAUCCUGGUGCUCCUGAUCCUCGUUCAAUCGCUGAUCUUCGCGGAGCAAGUGCAGCCGGCGGAGGAGCAGCUGGCGUCCUUUUGGCUGCGUCAGGCGCAGGAUCAGUUGCACGAACGUUUGGCCAGGACCAAGGACUCCAUCGCCGAUGGCCGACGGGCCAAAAACAUGGUGAUGUUCCUGGGCGAUGGCCUGUCCAUCACCACCAUGACGGCCGCCCGCAUCCUGAAGGGCCAACGUCGCGGAGGACGCGGCGAGGAGGCCCAACUGGCCGUGGAGCGUUUCCCCUUCGCCGGCCUCAGCAAGACGUACUGCAUCGACGAGCAGACGCCGGACUCGGCCUGCACGGCCACCGCCUACUUGGGCGGGGUCAAGACCCGCAGCGGCACGGUGGGCCAGAGUGCCGGCGGCGAGCAGGUGGACUCCGUGCUGCAGUGGGCCCAGCGGGCGGGCAAGGCCACGGGUGUGGUGACCACCACCCGGCUGACGGACGCCAGUCCCGCCGGCGCCUACGCCCAUGUCCCGCGGAGGGGCGAGGAGCUGGAGAUCGCCCGCCAGCUGGUGGAGGACGAGCCGGGCUGCAAUCUGCACGUGAUCCUGGGCGGUGGUCUGGGCAAGUUCGCCGACGAGCGCAGGGACGGCAAGGACCUGCUCUCCCAGUGGCGCCAGUCCAACCCAAGUGGCUGCUUCUCCCGCUCCCUGAAGGAGUUGAGGAACUGCAGCGGCGCCACGGGAGCCCUUUUGGGACUCUUCAGCGACAACCACAUGUCCUACCACCUGGCCGCCAGCAAGGAGCAGCCCCGACUCUGCGAAAUGGCCGCGACGGCCAUUGAAAAGCUGGAGCAAAAGUCGCAGGAGGAAGGCAAUGGCUACUUCGUGUUCAUCGAGGGCGGCCGCAUUGACCAUGGUCACCACGAGACGCGGGUGGGUUACGCCCUGGACGAGACGCUCGAGUUCGAUGCGGCGGUGGAGGCGGUGGCCAAGAUGACCGACCCAAGGGAAACCCUGCUGGUGGUCACCGCCGACCAUUCGCACACCCUCAGCAUGGCCGGAUACGCCCGCCGGGGAACCCCCAUCCUGGGCAUGGAUGAGCAGCAGCGGGACCUGAAUGGGGUGCCCUAUAGCACCUUGAACUACGCCAUCGGCAAGUGGCAGAGCCUGGACAAGGAUGGUCGGAGGGAGAGUCCUAGCAAGACGCUGAGUCCAACCUCCUACACCCCCAGUUAUAUUCAUGGACGGAAGGGUGUGCAUUCUGGAGAGGAUGUGGCCGUGUUUGCGAUGGGUCCGCAGGCGCACCUUUUCGGUGGGGUCAUGGAGCAGAAUCUGCUGCCCCAUCUCAUGGGAUAUGCCGCCUGCCUGGGAAGUGGGGUCACCCUGUGCAACCACGACCAGGAUGCGGCUGCAGAUGCGGAUGAUGACCAGCUUAAGGUUUCAUAAUACUUCUUAGUUUGUCAGAGAUGUGUAAAUUUUUGUUCUCAGUUAUUUCAAAUACAUAACGUUGUAAUAGUCCUCUAAAA